UUCUGACAAGGAGAGGAUGAGAGAGGAGGCCACAGUGUGGGGAGCCUUUGAGGAACAUCCUGGAAGUUUGGCCUAAAAGCCUGCUUUUGGGGAACUCUUUGUGAGUCCUCACAUAGAUGUUCUAAAGGGAGGGAAGGACAGUAGACCUUCCUUACCAGCCUCCUCAGCAGGAAGUGAUGGAAAUUGUAGCAGAAGCAGAAGACACCGGCAGCCCCACUCGUGGCCGUAAAAAACUGAUGUCAGAGAACAUUGACUGGUUACAGAGUCAGAGUGGAUUGUGUAAAGUUGAGCGUUACACAGCCAGUGAGGAGAAGGAGGAGGAGAAGGAGCAACAGAACUGGACGCAACCUUCCUCUGAUCCCCUCAAGGUCCUGAGCAGACUCCGGCAAGAUCUGGAGAAGUCUGACGUUGGCGUCCAGGAUGUGUUGAACGCCAGUAACAAUGCCAGAAGGGCGAGGACAAGAGACCCGUCCGACGGACGUCAAACCAUGCCCAAGCGCAACGUCCGUUCUCCGGCGCCCUACAAUACCUGCGACGAAGAAUUCAGUCUGAAUGUCAGCUCCAACAGGGUGUCUCCCAACUUCCACUUAAGCAUGAAGGCCGGUUGUCAGAAGGAAGCCAAGGAUGAAGAAAGCGAGGGGUCCUCUUCCCCGAACCCCAAUCCCGACCCGGAUGAAGUCUCUUUUUACUGCAACAGACUUUCCAACCUUGCCAUCGCGAUGGCACGCAAGGAGAUGAACGACCGCUCGGAAAGCACCCCCACCUGCAUACACAACACGCUGUAUGCCGCUGCUGGAGACCACGGCCACCGAUCCAUUGGGGUGGGGACCGAGGAUACCAAGCACAUCGCUACCAGGACGUGCGAGUGCAGAUACGAAGAAAGCCCCGCCACCAAAAAGAAAACCACCAUUUACUACAAAGAGGAAAACACGGAAGUGCCCAAUAAAAGCGAGCCUCAAAGGGACGAGGCCAGAGGCUUCCAUCAUCGGAAGCGCUUUGGGCCUGACGAAUACAACAACUCGCUGAGCAAAGGGAUCCUGGUUUACGCCAAUAACGUGGUUUCGGACAUGAUGGUCUCCGUGAUGAAGACGAUGAAAGUCAAAGUCAACGAUUCCAACAUCGCGUGCGCCGUGUUGAAGAAGGUCCUGCUGAAGCACUCCAAGGAAGUGGUUUCCGACCUGAUUGACUCCUGCAUGAAGAACUUACACGACGUUACUGGGACUCUCAUGACCGAUUCUGACUUUGUUUCCGCCGUGAAGCGAAGCCUCUUCACGCAAGGCAGCCAAAAGGCCUCCGAGAUUGUGCAAGCCAUGCUGAACCGCCUGCACAAUGCUCUGAUUGUGCAAAAGCAGUUCAGCGAGAAAGCCAAAUCUCAGAGCAUGGCCUUUACUACCAUCAAAACCGGCCAGGGCACCGACACCAAGACUCAGAACAUGAGGUUCUCGGCGGCAAAAACGGAAACCAUGAAAGAUAAGGAAAUGACCUGCGCGGAAACGGUCGGCAAUCACAUCAUCAAAGAAGGUCUCAACAUGUGGCAUCAGAAGCAACAUCAGGACACUACAGGGGCAAUCCCAAUGCCCGCCAAGCCUAUGCCAACCCAAGAAGUUCCAGACCUUUCUAAUCUUACCACCGAUUCUUGGGCAAGAGACCUGAUUGUGACCGCGUUAUUGCUGAUACAAUAUCAUCUGGUGCAGCAGGAGAACGCCAUGAAGGAUGCAGUGGAAGGGGGACGAUCCAGCAAGGCAACUGGAAGCCUGGGCUUUUUGGCCCAAGAUAAAGGCCUUGGCUCUUUAAAACUAUCCGACACUUUGAAGCAAUGUGAGGAUGAGCAGUUAGGGAUGAACGCAGAAAACGAUAUGUCAAGCGUGGUAGUCAUGCUGAUCCAGAAGCUCAUCAACGAGACCGUCAACAAGUUAGGAGGAAAUACAGGGACAUUGAUGCCCGAUGAAGCAAUCCAGAAUGCUUUCAAGGCUCCUGAAGGCCUAGGCCUAGGUCCUCCAGGACAAUGCGAUAUGGACCAUUCUUACGAAGAUGCUAUAGCCGGACUCACCAAAAUGAUUCUGGACCAGUGCGAUGCCAAGAAAGAAGGAGGGAGCGGACCUUUCGUUGACAAACUGGUCGAUACAGUGACCAAGCUGUGUCUGAUGAUCGCCAAAUACAGCAAUCCUGAGUCGGGACUUGGAGAACUCGGAGAUGGAGAGGAGAUGGGUGGAGGUUUCUAUUCAAAGAGCUCAGGAAAUGCGGAAAGCAGAGCAGAAUCCGGAGAAGACACGCCUACCGGACGUAAGGUGGUUGUGGCUAACCAGAGCGCUCCGGAAAACGUUCACAACAAGCAACUCCAAGCCAUUCUCCAAUGGGUGGCAGCCUCUCAGUUGAACGUCCCAAUGUUGUACUUCAUGGAUGAUGAUGAAGAAACCCUGAACAAGCUCCAGCAACUCUCCACGGUGGCUGUGGAGAGAAACUACAGCGUGGGAGACGUCAUGCAAUCUGUGCUGAAGUAUGAGAAGGAAAGGCAGCUAGGAGAAGCUCUGGGCAAUUUUGUGCGGUUGCCAGUCCUGGAUUGGCUGCUUCAGAACCUGUAAACCCAGCAUCUCUCGGGUUCUUCGGGACCGCAGGCCUCUCCUUACCCCGUUAGUUUUCCUUGAUACAGCACUCAUUGGUCAAAGAUGAUAUGAGUUUUACUGAUUCCCCCAACCCCUGCUGAGCAGUGAAAUGAAUAAAGGAAGGAAAUACUUA